GUUGAUCAACUCCAAAAUGUUAUCUCAGUGUCUGUGCCAAGUUUACAAAUGUUUAUUUCUGCACAACUUAAAACUGAAGUCAAUAAAUGUGGCUACUUUGGCCAGACAGAUCCAUUCUUCAGCGAAAAAGUGUUCUGACUGUGAGUUAAAGGAACAAACUGCCCAGAAAUGUGAGACUGAAGAGUUGACUCAAAGUACAGAAAACAAUAAUUUUGGAAGAUUGCACAUACCAGUGAUGCUGGAGGAGGUUAUUAACUGUUUAUCCCCCCAGCCAGGCCAGUGUUUCCUUGAUAUGACGUUUGGAGCCGGAGGUCAUACUACAGCUCUGCUAGAGAAAGCCAGCGACGUUACUGUAUGUGCACUGGACAGGGACCCCACAGCUUAUAAAAUAGCUCAGCAGCUUUCAGAAUCGUACCC